AUGCCACGCAAGCCACAGGGAGAAAAUGCUCGUACCGCAUAUAUCGCGGAGAAGUUCGUAGCAGAGGCCCAACGAAGGAAGCUCGACGGCAACGCUCUUCUGCAAAAGCCGAAGAAAAACGCCAAACGCAAACUCGUGGAAAACUACCUUUCCCGCCAGUUCGCAGCACUUGAUCCGGACGAGAAGCGACGCUAUCAGUACAUUGCAGAAAAGAAAUGGCCGCUGUGGUUCGAACGCUGCAAUGCCGAGGUCGAACUGGAUCACUUCUUCCCGGGCCCCGAGCGCGUCGUUGAAUUCGAAUUUGAUCACUUCCAAAAAGACAAGAGAUACGAUCCAGGUCGGAAUCGCUUCCUCGCCAAAGAACGCGCUCUCGAUAGCCAAACGAAGCAGAGGGUCGAAGACUUCCGACAGAAAAUCAGGAGAUCGCGGGGCCUGUGUCAGCCCAGUGCACCGGGUCCAAUCGAAAUCCCGGACAAUGGGUCUGGAGGCCUCGGCAAUCUGAACAUGGCGGGGGCGACAGAUAUAGCAAAGCAAGAAGAGCCAUCUAGGCUUGGACCAGCGCCUGGAACUUGGAAAUAUCACAGACACAUCUAUCGCAGACGUGUAAACCAGGGCAAUUAUCUCCGCAUACAGGUCAUUAUGUACCGCCUGACUGAUGACGCCGAUCGUACCCUGAGUACGAUGGUGCUCAAGAAAGAGCAGGGGGUAUCGAACAUAGCCUGCAAUCCCGGCAAACAAGGACCUUCUAACGAAGAAGGGCAAAUCCACACUCAGCUUUAUGCGGCCUGUCCUCGAUACGUGGUGACCCUGUUCAAUCAGUCCUUUGAGAAGGAGGAUGACAUCCUGAACCCGGCAAACCUACACCCAAAACAGAGGAAACCCGUCCAAAAAACCUUCAAGCGGCUCCUGACCGAGUGGAUCCCGCACGGCACUCUAUUUGACUUCAUUUCCACCUACCUGACCAGCGGACAUCUGAUACCAGAACCUUUCAUCUGGUACUGCUUCAAGGUGCUGGUCGAGGUGGCGCUCGUCUGCUGGAACGGGCAUGCGGGACGAGGGGUGAAGGAAGGCUGGGAGCACAUUGUCAACACGGACAUCAAGCCGGACAACGUCUGGCUCUGCGCGCCGGACCCGCUCGAGCCCAUGGCGUGGGCUCGCCGCUACCCCAAGCCCAAAGUCGGCGACUUCGGCAUGUCGUACAAAACCCACCACGGCCUGGACGACCGGAAUCACGCACGCCGCCACAGACGGCGGGCGAACCCUCCAGACUUCCGGGGCUUCGGCACCACGGGGCACAUGCCGCCCGAACUCCUCCACCGCAACGCCGCCAAGCUCACCAAAAACUACCGCCACAACCCCACCCGCGCCCAACACACCGUCGACCGCCUCGACGCCCUCCUCCCCUCGACGCCGCUCCCAUGGCCCAACCCAUGGCCCGCCGACAUCCCCGCACCCGACACCUCGGGCGCGCACUCCUGGACGAUGGUAUGGCAGAUCGGCACGACCGUCUGGUGCCUCCUCGCCACCAUGCCCGUCGGCGGCAUCGGCGGCAUCGGCGUCGGAAACAACGGCGCCGGCCUCCUCUUCCCGCACGACGUCGCCGUCGACUUUUCCGGGCCGGAGCGCGACCGGCCCGCGCGCGGCGGCGGUGGCGAUGGCGGCGUGGAGAGCGGUGGCGGCCACUUGCUGCACGCGCUGCGACCGGCGUAUUCGGGCAGGCUGGUCGAGCUGGCGUUUCGGUGCUUGGCGCCGAUGCCGGCGGGGAGGGUCGGGCUGGAGGAGCUGUGGGAGGAGGUGUGCGCGGGGUGUGAGGAUGUGGGCGGGCAGUUUCCUGAUGCCGCCGGGGAUGGGAGGCCGCCCGGCGCGGAUGGGAUCGGAGGGCCGGGUGGGGACGAGGGGGAGGAGGAGGACGGAGUGCGGCUGCUGCCGAAUGCGGUGGGGUUCGUGCCGGAUAAGUAUCCUUUGGGGCGGAAUGUUUUGAAUGAUGUUUCUCCGUAUUGA